AAUCGAACCUCACCAACCGAUUCCAUAUAUUCUUCUAUUUAAUCGUCACUCCAAAAUUUCUUUGAACAUUUUUUUACUCUUUAUCACUUCAUUUCUUCCCUCCCCACCGUUUCGCCGCGUUCGCCAUUCUUCUUCCUCUCUUCUUUCUGCCUUUCUCUGUUUCAGUUUCACAAUACACUCCUUGAAAAACCAUCUUUUUUUUUCCUGGGUUCUGUUUCACUUCCAUUAAACUGGCGGUGAUGGCUACUCCGACAACAAGGACUUGGGUUUUUCCUAAGAGUAAUCACCGUGAAGAUACUUGGUUUGAUUUUAUGUCGGUGGGUGUGGGACGUGGGUGCAGAAAGAAUCUGCGGCGGUGGACGAUCAAAGGCCCGAUGCGCUGUGAGAGUGGGAGAAGGAAAUUGAAUACGGGAUUGGCGGCGGGGAAAGUCUGCAACCGGGAGGAGGUCAAAACAACCGCCGAGGGGCCGGAAAUUGAGACUAAAAAUGAUGCAUAUUAUAAUAAAGUUACUGAAGAAGACAGGAGAUUUAUUGAAGAAUUCAGAGAAGCUUAUCCCUAUAUUUUCUCUCAUAUAGGCCGUACUUUUGUCGUCGUUAUAUCGGCCGAAAUUGUAGCCAGUCCUCGCCUCCAUGCCUUGCUUAAGGACAUUGCUUUUCUUCACCAUCUUGGAAUCAGAUUCAUUCUCGUUCCAGGGACCCACGUUUUAAUUGACAAACUUUUGGCGGAGAGAGGAAGCAAGCCGAAUUUUGUUGGUCAAUACAGAGUUACUGAUAACCAAUCUCUAGCAGCUGCAAUGGAAGCGGCUGGAGGUAUCCGGGUGAUGAUUGAGGCAAAGCUUUCACCCGGACCUUCUAUCUGCAAUAUCCGUAGACAUGGAGACAGCAGACGUUGGCAUGAAGUUGGUGUAAGCGUUGUUAGUGGCAACUUUCUUGCUGCUAAGAGAAGGGGAGUUGUUGAUGGUGUUGAUUAUGGGGCAACGGGUGAAGUUAAGAAAGUAGACGUAGCUCGCAUGCGUGAGAGGCUUGAUGGUGGUUGUAUAGUUAUAUUGAGCAACCUUGGUUAUUCUAGUUCUGGCGAAGUUCUGAAUUGCAAUACAUAUGAGGUUGCGACAGCUUGUGCCUUGGCUAUUGGAGCUGACAAACUUAUAUGCAUUAUUGAUGGUCCCAUUCUAGAUGAAGCUGGACGCCAUAUUAGUUUUCUAACUCUUCAAGAAGCAGACAUGUUAAUUCGUGAAAGGGCUAAGCAAUGUGAGAUUGCUGCAAAUUAUGUGAAAGUUGUUAGUAAGGAAGAUUUCACUCGGUAUAAUGAUUCAAAUGGGAGUAUUCAUCUGCAGAAUGGAAAGGCUUCUUUGGAAGAUUAUACUCCAUUCCAGAAUGGGGUAGGUUUUGGCCCUAAUCAUAUGCCAGUAUUUCAAAACGGAGUUGGUUUUGGUCAUGGAACCGGGCUUUGGUCCUCUGAACAGGGGUUUCCCAUUGGAGGUGAGCGGAAUAGCCAUAUGAAUGGUUACCUCUCAGAAUUGGCUGCUGCAGCUUUUGUUUGCCGGGGUGGUGUUCAAAGAGUACAUUUGCUAGAUGGCACUAUUGGAGGAGUUUUAUUGCUUGAAUUGUUUAAGAGAGAUGGAAUGGGCACUAUGGUAGCCAGUGAUCUUUAUGAGGGAACACGAAUGGCCAGAGUGUCUGAUCUUCGUGGAAUUAGACAAAUUAUACAACCUUUAGAAAUGGCUGGUACCUUAGUUCGUAGAACUGAUGAAGAGCUACUUAAAUCAUUGGACUCGUUUGUUGUUGUUGAGAGAGAAGGUCAAAUCAUUGCAUGUGCGGCUCUCUUCCCCUUCUUUGAAGAGAGAUGUGGAGAGAUUGCUGCCAUUGCAGUUUCUGCAGAGUGCCGAGGACAAGGGCAAGGCGACAAAUUGCUUGAUUACAUGGAAAAGAAGGCCGCCUCACUUGGACUGGAUAGGCUCUUUCUGCUGACAACACGAACGGCAGACUGGUUUGUGAGGCGUGGUUUCUCAGAAUGUUCAUUUGAAUCAAUACCUGAAAAGAGGAGAAGUAAGAUAAAUCUAUCUCGAAAAUCGAAGUACUACAUGAAGAAGCUGUUGCCAGAUAGGAACAGGAUUGGUAGCGUCGAUAGAGCGUUUGCUUGAGGAUUGACGGAGCCUUGAAGAAGCAGUAUUUCAUUCUAUAUGUUGGUCAGGGAGGAAUAAAAUAUACCUCGACCAUAAGAAAGCAAAAUUUCCUCUUGAUUCUCACGGUCCUUGUUUUAUCCUUAUCAAUUGUCAGUCGUCACCUUGUCUUACCCGCAUGGGUGGUCAUAUGUAUUUGUUUACCAAGACAUGUAUAUAUUCUGCUGAAAAAUAUUUGAUUAUAGGUCUCCUUAUAAAGUUUUGAUUGUCUA